AUGCCAGCAUCGCACCCGCGUCUCCACCUGGCGUUGAAGCCGAGUGCGGUUCGCCCGUUCACGCACUCCCGGCAACGAUCAUUAGCUCAUCCGCGUCAUGGCAUCUUGAAAGAGCCCUGGCUGCCUUCACCGUCAUUGAGGUCAUUUCCUGCCGCCUUUUUCUCGCCAACUCGGAUUCGCGAUCAUUUCGACGGAUUAAGUGAGGGGCCUCAGAAUGAACACAAACCGCCAGACGAGCGCAUCCUGAAGCUCGGAAAGACUCUACGCACACUCUCCCCUCUCCUCCCAACAAUACUGUACAAUACUCUCCCAGCCGAGAUCCUCGCGCCAAGCGUCAACUUGCACCUUUUCCCCUCCACGCACCAACACCUCCCCACCGUCAAGGGUCGCACGCUCUAUCGCGCAGCACUAUGGACCGUCCCUGUCGCAUGGAGCAGCGUCCCGCUCGUGGGAAACGUAAAGCUUCAAAUCCUUAGUGAACGGAUCGUACGAGCAGGGACCAUUCUCGACCCAGAACGCGGUGAUCAACACGAUUGCGGCGACGAGCGACUAGUCGUACGAUGGAAGACAGAACCGCGCACUGAUAGCCGGCCCUUCCACGAUACACCUACCAAAGGCCACCGCACGGAAUCAACCGACAAGCUCCAUCUCUCAACCUCAACGAACGGAACAAAUAAGGGCCUGAGCGUGCUCCUCGGCGGCGAAGAACCGAUCUUCAAACUCUCAAAGGAGGAACAAUUCAGCGGGCUUUUCAUCUUCUCCUUUGACGAGGAGGGGCGCAUACUGUCGCAUACCAUUGAGCACGCGGACGAGGCAGAGGGAUGGGACCGUACGUCCAAAUUUGUGACGCUGACAGAUUGGCUUAUUGGAAAGGCGCGCGGGUCGCUUGAUCCGGCGCCAAGUCCUGGCCUGGUCAUGGAGUCGUGUGAGAACUAUGGCUUGCCGUCGAGUGAUACGCGGUAUCGGCGGUCAUGA